CCUAAAAAGAAUUCACUUUGAGUGUUUUUGUGUAUUUUAAUUUAUUAAAACUAAAUAAAUACUGUUAUAAUGAAUAACUAUUUUACCGAAUAUGAAAAUUUAGAGGUGCACGAGCUCAUGCUGAGAGAUCGACCACGACAAGAAGCGUACUAUAAUGCCAUUCUGAAAAACAAGGAACUGUUUAAGGAUAAAAUUGUGCUGGAUGUUGGCGCCGGUACCGGUAUACUUUCCGCGUUCUGCGCACAAGCCGGUGCCAAGUUAGUCUAUGCUGUGGAAGCCUCAAAUCUGGCCACAAAAGUAGCACUGGAUCUGAUUGACGAAAAUGGACUUACCAGCGUUGUUAAGGUAAUACAUUCCCAAAUAGAGGAAUUCGUGCUCCCGGCUACAGCGGAGAAAGUGGAUAUUAUUGUAUCUGAGUGGAUGGGAUUCUACCUACUCCAUGAAGGCAUGUUGGACUCUGUGCUCUUUGCUAGAGAUCAUUUUUUAAAGCCGGAUGGACUUAUGUUCCCCAGUGAGUGCACCAUUUUUGUGGCGCCAUGCUCUGUGCCAACUCUAUUUGAUUACUGGCAAAAUGUUGACGGAGUAAAUAUGGAGCGCUUUGCCAGUAAAUUGCGUUCACAAAAAUCAACAAGACCGGAAAUUAUCCAACUAAAAUCCAACGAUUUACUACACGAAGGCAUCGUGUUCCAUUGGAUGAGCUUGCUUGAUGUCAAUGCCAAAGAUCUGGAUGAGAUAUGUUUUAAGGAAGUCGUCGCCACACAAAUUGCGGGUAAGCAUCAAGGUUUCUGUAUAUGGUUUGAAGUACGCUUUCCUGGUGAGGAAACUGUAGCACUGAGCACAUCUCCCCUCGCGCCGGAAACCCAUUGGAAACAGUGCGUUGUAGUACUCCCAGAAGACAAUUGUGAAACUUUAGAAGAGAAAUCUCCGGUGGCUUUUCAAAUUUUAAUGAAACGCAGCGCAAAUGAUGCGCGGAAAUACAACUUGGAAGUAGAGCUGCUUGAUCCCAAUGUUGAAGAGCAUCCAAUGCCCUGCUCCUGCCACAUGACAAAAUGCAUACUGACAGAAGCCCAUCUAAAGAUGAUGGACACAACAUAGUGUAUGCGAGUUGAGUAUGAGU